UAAUAGGUAGUUUAAUACAAUUAAUUAGUAAUUACUGGGAAGUAAACUACUUUUUUUAUAAUUAUUAUUGAUCAAUGGUCUGUAUGGAAAACAUUAAACGAUUAUGUUACGACAACAAAAUUAUACUAGCCCCCAUGGUCAGGAUAAACACACUACCAAUGCGUUUAUUGGCGUUGGAUUAUGGAGCGGAUAUUGUAUACACAGAAGAGCUGAUUGAUCAUAGGCUAAUUAGAUGUUAUAGAAAAGUAAAUGAGACAUUACAAAGUGUUGAUUUUAUUGACAAAAGCGAUGCUACAGUAGUAUUUCGCACUUGUGCGCGGGAAAAACACUAUGUUGUUCUUCAAAUUGGUACAAGUGAUCCUGAACGAGCAGCUAAGGCUGCACAAAUAGUAGAACAAGAUGUAGCAGGGAUUGACAUUAACAUGGGUUGCCCAAAAGACUUUUCACUAAAAGGAGGAAUGGGAGCUGCUCUUUUAUUUCAACCUGACAAGGCUUGUGCAAUUCUUUCUGCAGUGGUUUCAGCAGUUAAAAUACCAGUGACAUGCAAGAUUCGCGUGUUACAAGAUAUUGAUGAUACAGUUGCUUUAUGUAAGAAAUUAGCUGCCACUGGAGUGGCUGCAAUCAGUGUGCAUGGUCGUACCAUUAAAGAGAGACCAAUGCAUUCGAAUAGAAACCAUUUCAUUAAAGCUAUAUCUGAAGCAUUAGAUAUUCCAGUUAUUGCAAAUGGUGGGUCAAAAGAAAUUAAAGUGUUUGAGGAUAUAAUAAAGUUUAAAAACGUAACUGGUUGUUCAAGUGUUAUGAUAGCACGUACAGCUGAAAAAAAUUGUUCUAUAUUUAAACGGGAUGGAAAAUUAGAAUUAUUUACUAUAAUAAGAGAUUACCUACGCCAUGCUGUUGACUAUGAUAAUGUUGCUCCAAAUACAAAAUACUGUAUUCAAAAUAUGCUUCAAAAUAUUCAAGAAACAGAGCAGGGGAGACAUUUUCUGGAGUCCACAUCCUUACAACAAAUUUGUGACCUUUGGGAAUUGGGUGAUUACUGUCGUCUAAAACAAAAGAAAAUGAACUAUCUUCGUUUUGAAGAGAGAGAUGUUGUGUCUAAUGACCAAAAACGAAUUAAGUUGAAUUCUGUCGAAGAAGAAGAAUCAAAUUAUGGUAAUAGUUUAAAGUGUAUGUAUAUACGAUCAUUAUACCCAAAACCUGAAGACUUGCCAAAAACAAAACUAUUAAAUUGGGCAAAAAAACACAACAAGCCAUUACCAAAAUAUCAUACAGAACAAUUUGAAAAACUUUUCAAGAGUACAGUAACAUUUGAUAAUCAAAAAUAUUCAUCAUCCUUUUGGGAAAAAAAUAAAAGGUGGGCAGAGCAAGGUUCUGCAAUUGUCUGUUUACAUUACUUGAAAGUUUAUGACAUUAACUACCUGAAAAAGAAUGGAAUUCUUGGUUAAUAAGAUGUUUUUAUUGACUUGAAAUUAUCUUUUCAACUGAAUAAAAUUAAUUUACCAUAUUA